GUCAUGAUUCGAGCAGAAUGCACACAGCCCGUCCAACAGCCUUCUUUCUUUCUUUCUCUCGCGCGACCACUCAUUCACCGUACCCAAGGCUCAUCGUCAACCCACGUUGUUUUGAAGGGACGAAACAGUGACUCCUUUUGUCACAGGACUGGUGCCCAGGCACAUAUGUACAUACGUCCUGCCAGCACGGUCCCGUCAGCCCUGUUAGCCAACGCGCUGAGGCGUCGCAGAGAUCUGCAUCUGCCCUGUGCCAUCAGACUCGCAUGCAUGCACAUGUUUUCUUCAGCACUCCAUACCGGGCCAGCGGGAGACGCGAUACAGAUCCCCCAUUUUCCCACUGUACGUUGUCCCGUCGCAACGCCAUCUACCGCUCCAGGGCAAGCAAACAAAGCCUCUCUACAAACAUGGCGGGGCCCAGGCCUUCUAAGAGUCGCCGACCGUCUCCCAAUUCUUCGCCUCUUACGCUCGGCCAUGUUGCCGAUUCGGGCACCUUUUUCCCCCUUCACCCAGCAACAACAUUGCCCAAGCAAAGAACGAAAAACAUCAAUAAAAAAAAGGAGUCGGGAUACGAAAAGGCAAUCAAAUGCAUAA